UAUGAAUUACUAAAAUGUAGUAUAAAAUUUAUGAUUUGAGAGAAACAAGCAUACUAAAACAAGUGAAGCAAUCAUGGGCGCACCACCGCCUCUCUUCACCCGCGUCCGCCUCGCCACCGCCGCCGACAUCCCCCACAUACACAGCCUCAUCCACCAGCUGGCCGUCUACGAGAACCUCACCCACGAGCUCCAGGCCACCCCAGCGGCCCUCUCCGCCACGCUCUUCCCCGCCGCCGCGCCGCCGCCGUUCGCCUCCUUCACAACGCUCCUCCUCGAGAUCUCCACGUCGCCGUUCUCUCCAUCCCAUGACCCGCACUUCGCGCCCCUCCUCAAGUCCUUCCACCUCCAGCUCCCCGUGGACGACGGAGAGGAGGAGAUGUCCACCGUGGCCGGAUUCGUGCUGUUUUUUCCAAAGUACUCGACGAUUUUGGCGAAGCCAGGAUUUUAUAUUCAGAAUAUAUUUGUGAGGGAAUGCUAUAGGAGGAUGGGGAUGGGGACUCUGCUUCUUUCGGCUGUGGCGGCGCGGGCGGCGGAGAUGGGCGGGGGGAGGGUGGAGUGGGUGGUGGCGGACUGGAAUGUGGACGCCAUCGCAUUUUAUGAGCGGCUUGGGGCGGAGAUAUUGACCGGGAGGAGUCUAUGCAGGCUCACCGGCGAAGCUCUUCAUGCUUAUGCUUUUUUGUAAUUUUGAUCAUUUUGUAAUUUUGGGUAAUUCACUCUACAACUUUAUUGUUGGAAUUUGAUGUUACUCAAAUCAAGAUAUAAUCUACUUGAUUUUUGUUUAA